AUGUUCCAGCUUUCCAAAGUGCAGCCAGACGUUGAUAAUGAUAAAUUUGUUCAGAUCCCCUGCUCGUCUAUUCAUCGUUACGCUUUCCGGCAACGCCAACAAGAUCACUUCCGCCAGCAAUCUACCGUCGACCUCCUCAAGAAGGCCACCGCUGUGGCCAAGUUCCGUGCUCUCGAACCCGUUGUUAUGUGUCAGCUGUGCAACGAGAUUAGCGGUCUCCUCCACCCUACCGUAAAUGCGGAGCCUGUCCCUGCGGCCGUUACUGCAGCCCUUGCGGCGCUUACCGCCGCCCUGAGCUCCGCUGCCGGCCCCGCUGCUGCCACCGAGGAUGGCGUGUCUGCAAAGACCUUGAGAAACCGGCGCCGCCGGGCCUCUAAGAUCGAGAAGCGUAAGGAAGCGAAGAAGGAGAAGGGGGAAGAGAAGGGGGAAGAGGAGGAAGACCUACUGAUUAACUAUGAUAUUAUUGAAUAG